CCUGCUCCAGCCGAGGCAGGAAUACAAAGGGAUCCAGCGGGCGAAGCCGUAACCACAGUCGUCUGGGUGAGCGGCACAGCGGUUAAUUAUUACCUGUCCUGCCCCCGAGCAGAUCGGGCAGCUCACCUGGCCGGAGCGGCUGAGCCCCAUUCCGCCAUGGAGCUGUCUGGAGUCCUCUCUCUGCUCCUGGGGGUCUGCGUCUCAUGCCUCCUGUUGGUGGCCUCGUGGAGAAAGGCGCUGGCGAGGAGGAAGCUCCCCCCGGGUCCCACACCGCUUCCCUUCGUCGGGAACAUCCUGCAGCUGGACACCAAGGCGUUGGCCAAAUCAAUCCUUAAGUUCCGAGACACGUACGGCCCCGUGUUCACCCUGCAGCUGGGCUCGGAGCGGGCCGUGGUGCUGUGCGGCUACGCGGCGGUGAAGGAAGCCCUGGUCGACCGCGGGAAGGAGUUCGGGGGAAGGGGGAACAUCGCCACAGCCGCGAGGAUCACCAAAGGGUUUGGAGUGAUCUUCGCCAACGGGGAGCGGUGGCGGCAGCUGCGCCGGUUCUCCCUCACCACGCUGCGGAACUUCGGCAUGGGGAAGCGAUCCAUCGAGGAGCGGAUCCAGGAGGAGGCCCAGCGCCUGGUGGAGGAGCUCGGGAACACAAAGGGCUCGCCCUUCGACCCCACCUUCCUCCUGGGCUCCGCCGUCUCCAACGUCAUCUGCUCCAUCGUCUUCGGCAGCCGCUUUGACUACCAGGACCAGGAGUUCCUCACUCUGCUGAGCUGCAUCAACCAGAACCUCCGCCUGCUCAGCUCCCGCUGGGGCCAGCUGUACAAUGCGUUCCCGGCGCUCCUGGCCGCUCUCCCCGGGCGGCACAACGCCAUGUUCCACAAUGCGGACACCCUCAAACGCUUCGUGUCGGAGCGAGCGAAGCGGCACCGGGACUCCCUGGAUCCCAGCUGUCCCGACAGCUACAUCGACUGCUUCCUGCUCCAGAUGGACCAGGAAAAGCAGAACCCCGACACCGAGUUCACCACCGAGAACUUGGUCAUGACGACGCUGGAGUUGUUCUUCGCCGGGACGGAGACGGUCAGCACCACCCUGAGAUACGGGAUCCUGCUUCUCAUGAAGUACCCCGAGAUAAAAGGUAGGCCGGGGGGGGUGCUAAGGUGCUGGCCUGGGACUUGGGGGCCGUGGGUUGAAGUCUUGGCCUCACUCGGUGCCUCGGUUUCCCCAUCUGUGACCCCUGUGCUGGGAAGAGGAAACCCACUGGUGUUUCUGAAAGGGCCCAGGUAUGACAAGUAUACGGGGCGUGGUCCCCAGCUGGUGGGAUUUGGGACUCCCGCCGUGAAGAGGGGAAAUGAGACUCUCCCGUUCGGAGAGCAGGAGGGGCACAAGCGGGGCAGACCUGGGGGUCGUGGUGAGCUGAGAAGAGCCUCCGGACACCGGGCAGGCUCUAGGGGGCCUGAAAAGAACUUAGCCAUCAAUAACAACGUCCUUCAUUCGCAGGGCAGAGCCUGCGGGUACGUACCGGGGUGGGGCGGGGGAGAGCAGGAGGCAGCCUUAACAAACUUGAACAGGGUGUCAGGCCCAUUUCAACGGGGUAAAAGGGCCAGGCUGUCUAGCGGCCCCACAGAUUUCUGGCCCCAUGGAGGCCAGUGGAGCAAUGUCAGAUUAUACCCGCUGGGAACUUGUCCCAACGGUACCCAUCCGAACCUGCAAUGUUGCCUGGACAAAUAC